AUGCAGCACCAUUCCCCUCCAGUGCAGCACCACUCCCCCUCCAGUGCAGCACCACUCCCCCUCCAGUGCAGCACCACUCCCCUCCACUGCAGCACCACUCCCCCUCCAGUGCAGCACCACUCCCCCUCCAGUGCAGCACCACUCCCCCUCCACUGCAGCACCACUCCCCCUCCACUGCAGCACCACUCCCCCUCCAGUGCAGCACCACUCCCCCUCCACUGCAGCACCACUCCCCCUCCAGUGCAGCACCACUCCCCCUCCAGUGCAGCACCACUCCCCCUCCAAUGCAGCACCACUCCCCCUCCAAUGCAGCACCACUCCCCCUCCAGUGCAGCACCACUCCCCCUCCAAUGCAGCACCACUCCCCCUCCAGUGCAGCACCACUCCCCCUCCACUGCAGCACCACUCCCCCUCCAGUGCAGCACCACUCCCCCUCCAGUGCAGCACCACUGCCCCUCCAGUGCAGCACCACUCCCCCUCCACUGCAGCACCACUGCCCCUCCACUGCAGCACCACUCCCCCUCCAGUGCAGCACCACUCCCCCUCCACUGCAGCACCACUCCCCCUCCAGUGCAGCACCACUCCCCCUCCACUGCAGCACCACUGCCCCUCCACUGCAGCACCACUCCCCCUCCAGUGCAGCACCACUCCCCCUCCAGUGCAGCACCACUCCCCCUCCAAUGCAGCACCACUCCCCCUCCAGUGCAGCACCACUCCCCCUCCACUGCAGCACCACUCCCCCUCCAGUGCAGCACCACUCCCCCUCCAGUGCAGCACCACUCCCCCUCCAGUGCAGCACCACUCCCCCUCCAGUGCAGCACCACUGCCCCUCCACUGCAGCACCACUCCCCCUCCAGUGCAGCACCACUCCCCCUCCACUGCAGCACCACUCCCCCUCCAGUGCAGCACCACUCCCCCUCCAGUGCAGCACCACUCCCCCUCCACUGCAGCACUACUGCCCCUCCAGCAGCAGCACCACUGCCCCUCCAGCAGCAGCACCACUUCACAGCACUUCACAACACCAGCAGCAGCACAUGCGAGGGAGGUAGCAGCGAGGCAGAACAAGGCAGCAAAAGGUAG